GAUGACUGUCACAUUGAAAAAGGAGAUGGAAGAAGAGGAGGAAACUGGAUUUCUGGGCUCGGUUUCCCAAACGCAUCUUAAGGCAUCCAAUGGUUCUAAUGAUGAACGGGCCCUGGUUAACACAAGAGAGAGACGGGACUAUUGUGGAUCCUCUGGGGAGCCUCAACAACAUCAUGAUGCUGACGAGGCAGAGAAGAGUCUCUCCACAUCAGAACACCUCAAGAAACACCUGCGGAGAUCCACAAGGAAGAGACCUCACUGCUGCUCUGAUUGUGGGAAGAGAUUCACCUCAUCAGCAGGCAUUAAAAUUCAUCAGAUAAUCCACACAGGAUUAGAGAAAUCUUAUAGCUGUACUCAAUGUGGGAAGAGUUGUACUCUAAGGGGCCUGAUCCGUCUUGUUUAUCUAACUAUACACCAGAGAAUACACACAGGAGAUAAACCUUAUAGCUGUGCUCAAUGUGGGAAGAGUUUUACCAUGUCUAGCAGUCGGACUAGACACCAAAGAACACACACAGGAGAGAAUCCGUGCUGUGAUCAAUGUGGGAAGAGUUUUUCUACAUCUAGCUAUCUAACUAUACACCAGAGAACACACACAGGAGAGAAACCUUAUAGCUGUGAUCAAUGUGGGAAGAGUUUUAGUACAUCACGCUAUCUAACUAUACACCAGAGAACACACACAGGAGAGAAACCUUAUAGCUGUACUCAAUGUGGGAAGAGUUUUACUACAUCUAGCUAUCUAACUAUACACCAGAGAACACACACAGGAGAGAAACCUUAUAGCUGUGAUCAAUGUGGGAAGAGUUUUACUACAUCUAGCUAUCUAACUAUACACCAGAGAACACACACAGGAGAGAAACCUUAUAGCUGUGAUCAAUGUGGGAAGAGUUUUACUACAUCACGCUAUCUAACUAUACACCAGAGAACACACACAGGAGAGAAACCUUAUAGCUGUACUCAAUGUGGGAAGAGUUUUACUUGGCUAAACAACCUAGUAUCACACCAGAGAACACACACAGGAGAGAAACCUCAUAGCUGUAAUCAAUGUGGGACGAGA